ACCAGGGGGCGGUACUGCCCCCCGGUGUUAGCAGCCAAUCGAGGUUGGGCUAAAGAAAAGGAAGGACACCGGAUCUUCAUAGGAAACACUGUUGAGCAGCAGCACGAUCAGCUCUCUGGUUGAACAUGGGUCGCCACUUCGGGGACUUGGCCAAGGUCAGGCAUGUAAUCACGUACAGCCUGUCCCCCUUUGAGCAGAAGGCUUUCCCCAACUACUUCUCCAAGGGAAUCCCCAAUGUGUGGAGACGGUUCACAACCUCUUUCUUCAAAGUUGCCCCCCCAAUGACCAUCAUGUACCUGACAUACACCUGGGGCAACAGUGUCCAUGAACAGGGCAAGAAGAAGAACCUGGCUGACUUUGAGAGUGAGGAAUAAACUCCUGCCACCUUUCUUAAAGCUGCCCUCUGUUAUUAAUUCCAACUCUGUAUGUUUCACCAAUAAACAAUAUUUAUGUGAAA